GCGCGGUCCUCCACGCCUCUAGACCGCCUACCGGAAGCGCCGCCUCUUUGAGCGGAAGUGCGCCAUGGCGCUUCCGGGCCGCUGAGCGCCCUUGGCCCCCUCGGAGCGGGAGGAGGAGACAGACGGGCAAGAUGUCGGCGGGGUUGCUGUUGUUGCGGGCGGGGCUGGGUAGGCCCCUUGGCCGGGGAGCCGUUCUCCUGAACAAGGUUCUCUUGACCAGACCACCUGUUGUUUGUGCUGCUGUUGAGGAACGUCAUCUGGCACGUAAUAUCCACACAUCCCCCAGGAGUUUAGUUGCAGAGAGCCUCAUGUCGAGCCAGAAACAGCAGCAAGGCACUUUCAGUAACCGGAAGGGCUUGGAAUGCCUUGCGCCAUUAUUCUCCAGUGCAGAAGAGACACCUCAGGCUAUUCCAACGAAGAUUGAAGGGCAUGUCCCCAAUUGGCUCAAGGGCAAACUGCUGAGGAAUGGCCCAGGGAAGUUUGAAUUUGGAAAAGAUAAUUAUAGCCACUGGUUUGAUGGCAUGGCCCUGAUGCACCAGUUUGAGAUCAAGGAUGGAGUUGUGAAGUAUAAAAGCAAGUUCCUAAGGAGUGACUCUUAUGUGGCUAACAGCGAGAACAACCGGAUCGUGGUCUCUGAGUUUGGAACCUUAGCCAUGCCAGACCCUUGCAAGACUGUUUUUGAACGCUUUGUGUCAAAGUUCGAAAUGCCACGAUCAACAGACAACUGCAACGUGAACUUUGUUGUCUACAAAGGUGACUAUUACGUCAGCACAGAAACCAACUUAAUGCGCAAGGUGGAUCUGGAAACCCUAGAAACAAAGGAGAAGGUGAAUUGGAGAAAGUACGUUGCAGUGAAUGGAGCAACUGCCCACCCACACUAUGAUCCAGAUGGGACAGCCUACAACAUGGGCAACUCGUUUGGAAAACAUGGCACCAACUACAAUAUCAUCCGUAUACCCCCACAGCCCUCUCACCCUGAUGAAUCCAGCCUGCAGGGCGCAACAGUGCUGUGCACUAUUGAGCCAGAGGAAAAGAUGAAGCCUUCCUAUUAUCACAGCUUUGGAAUGAGUGAAAACUAUGUGAUCUUUAUUGAGCAGCCCCUCAAAAUGAACCUGUGGAAGUUUAUCACAGCUAGGAGUCUUGGGAAGUCAAUUCUGGAUGUGUUCAGCUGGGACCCUCAGCAAAGCACCCGCUUUCAUGUAGUGAACAAGCUCACGGGGCAGGUUCUGCCCGCGCAGUACUACAGUGAGUCUUUCUUUUCUUUCCAUCAAAUCAAUGCCUUUGAAGAUCAAGGAUGCAUCGUCCUUGAUCUCUGCUGUCAAGAUGAUGGAAGCGCUAUUGGUGUUUACCGGCUGCAAAACCUCCACAAGGCAGGUGAUGCCCUGGACCAGAUGUAUAAUUCAGUGGCGAGGACGUAUCCACGGCGCUUUGUUCUGCCCAUUAAUGUGGAUCCCAGUGCACCCGUGGGACAGAAUCUCAGCCCCUUGUCCUACACAACCGCAAGAGCCACGAAAGGGGCCGAUGGGAAGAUCUGGUGCACAUAUGAAAGUCUACAUGAUGAGAACCUUGAGGAAGCAGGAGGUCUUGAAUUUCCCCAAAUUAAUUAUUCUUGUUGCAAUGGGAAGAAAUACCGUUUUUUCUAUGGCUGUGGCUUUGGGCAUAUGGUUGGAGACUCAUUGAUUAAGAUUGAUGUAAAGACCAAGGAGAUGAAGAUUUGGCGAGAGGAUGGAAUGUAUCCUUCAGAACCUGUGUUUGUGCCAGAACCUAACUCUGCUGCAGAAGAUCGUGGCAUCAUUCUGUCUGUCGUGCUUACACCCAAGCAGAAUCAAGGUACCUUCCUGCUUGUUCUGGAUGCUGAGAAUUUCACUGAAUUGGGCCGAGCAGAAGUCCCUGUCCAGAUCCCCUACGGUUUUCAUGGCAUGUUUGUUCCAUGUCAAUAGAUACUCUGUUAGCUAGUGGCCACAUAGCAGAAAGGGGAGGAGAAAGAGUCUGCUAUACAAAGCUCUACACCUAAAACUUCCUUGCUGUGACUUUGGGCAAAUCACUUAAUCUUAACAUGUCUAGUGGUGCCUAUUUUGUGGAAGCCACUGAAGCGAAUACUGUAAAUUUAGAUUUGUGCAAUUACAGCGCUCUUGCCCUACUGCAACAAAUCCACCUUAAGAAAGAAACAGACACUUUUGUGGUUAGGAAAAUAACAAGGAAAUUAAUGGAAUAGUGUGAGAUAAACAAAUGAUUAACAGGAAGGUGUAUAACCUCGCAAACAAAUCAGAACAAAUUCAGGAUGAAUGCUUAUUGUUGUAUAAUUGUCCUGCAAACAAAUCGGAAAGAAUGGCCAGUAAGGAUCAGGCAGACUAGCUUCAGCGUAAGCUUUGUGCAAGCGAAUCAGCUCAAUAAACAAGUUGUCUGGAGGAGCCCUUGUUUUCUUCAGUGGAGUUCUCAGUCCACAGAAUUCUAAUCCACAGAAAUGUUGCAAGGGAAAAUAGGUUAAUGACUGUGAUGGGUAUUGCUAAUGAAAGAUAGAAAAAUAUUGCCCAUAAAUAGAGAUUUUUAAGGAGGCCCUCAAGGGAUAUAAACUUUGGCUUAUAUUCAGUGCUAGUCCUCCCCAUGGCUAAGUUAGGUCCAUUAAUAUCAAUAAGUCUACUCUGAGUAAGAUGGAUAUGAUCCUUUACAUUUAACCUUUUUGGUAAUCUUUAUCUUUUACCCUUUAUUUUUGUAUUAAAUUAUCUAGAUUACGGUUUAAUUAUGUAAAUGUGAUUAAAGCCCUUUGGGCAUAUGCUGCAUUUUUAGAAAUCUUUUCAAUAAUAAAAAAUACGUUUUAAAAA